CCAAGAGCCACCGAGGACGAUCGUGUAGGCAGGUGUCGGCCAAGUGAGGAAGUGACAAGUGUCACCUCUUUGACACGUCUUCUCGCCGAGAAUUCUACUUAAGAAAGGCGCUUGUUGGAGAGACAAGCACAUUUUGACAUUCACGGUGAGUGCAGCAUGGCUUGUGCAGAUGUUAAAAUGGACAUCCAAGAAGAUGACCAAGGCCAGUGCCAAGACGCUCAGAAAUGGCCUCGGAUGGUUCGAUACCAGGCCACAAAGUUCGGCGAGGACCAGAAGGGCACCUUGACUUCUGUGCUGGGGUCCCUGCAGGUUGUCAGUGGACUACUCAGCGUUGGAAUUGGUCUUACAUUUGCUGUAAGCCUGGUGAUGAAUCAGUUCCUAGUCACGCUGUUCAGAGUUUCUCACGUGACCGGGACCCUUUUCAUAAUUGCAGGAGUUGUUUCCAGCAUGCUGCUGAGAUAUCCAGUAUUACUAACUGUGUCGCUUACAAUAAACAGAGCCUGUAUCUUUGUGGGAUUAGUUGCUGUUGGCUUGAUAAGCACUGACCUGAUGCAAUGGGAUCAAAAAUAUGAACAAUAUUUCAAGAUGGAGGUGCUGGAACUUUUGAUGUUGGGACUUCAGCUUUUGCUCACUGUAAUUCUCUGCCUGUGGAUCUCCAAAGAGAAACAUGCCCAGUUGAAUAAUUAAACCUAUUUGCAAACAAAUAUUUGAAUUUUGAGGACAGCUUAAAGACUCACCCCCCCCAUGUCAACCUUUAGGGGAGUAAAAAAAACAAAACAAAAAAAACCAAACAAAGUUGUGGUUAAUGUGUGCCUUCAAAGGAAAAAGAGCGCCUCCCCCACACCUCUUUGUGAAGCGCUAUGUUGUGGUUACCAUAGUGCUUUCUGUGUAUCUGCUGGCUUUUCACAAUAUUACAGACCAUUUUGCAACAACUCUCAACUAUAAGUGGAAAUAACAAAUACAAUGACUUUUUUUAUUGUUUUUU